CAGUAGGGAGAUGACGUAAGUGUGAGCUCAUGGAUGGCAGACGGCGUCUCUGAGUUCUUGCUUUCAUACCCACUUGAAAAUUUGUAAAAAAAAAGUAUAUAUAUAUACAUAUAUAUAUAUAUAUAUAUAUAUAAUGUCAGUCAGCACUAUGUUUUGCUCCCGUUGUGGGGAUGGUUUUGAGCCCCAUGAAAAAGUUGUAAAUUCCCAUGGAGAAGUAUGGCAUCAAGGAUGCUUUGUAUGUGCUCAGUGUUUUAGACCUUUUCCCGAAGGGAUCUUUUAUGAGUUUGAAGGUAGAAAGUAUUGUGAACAUGAUUUCCAUAUUCUGUUUGCUCCAUCCUGUGGAAAAUGUAAAGAGUUCAUUAUUGGUCGAGUUAUCAAAGCUAUGAACAAUAACUGGCAUCCCAACUGCUUUCGGUGUGAGAUGUGUCAGGUACCAUUAGCUGACCAAGGAUUUAUUAUCAAUGCAAAGAGAGCUCUGUGUCAUGAUUGUAAUGCUAAAGUGAAAGCUGCUGCUAUUGGAAAAUAUAUCUGCCAUAAGUGCCAUGCCAUCAUUGAUGAUACUCCUUUGAAGUUUCGUGGAGAACCUUAUCAUCCAUACCACUUUAACUGUACAGCAUGUGGCAUUGAACUGACAGUUGAAGCUCGUGAAGUAAAAGAUGAACUUUACUGUUUACGCUGCCAUGAUAAGAUGGGAAUCCCAAUUUGUGGAGCAUGUCGUCGCCCUAUUGAGGAGAGAGUGGUGACUGCCUUGGGUAAACAUUGGCACGUGGAGCACUUUGUAUGUGCCAAGUGUGAAAAACCUUUCCUGGGUCAUCGUCAUUAUGAAAAGAAAGGACUUGCUUAUUGUGAAACCCAUUACCACCAGUUGUUUGGUAAUUUGUGCUUUGUCUGCAAUAAUGUUAUUGCUGGAGAUGUUUUCUCAGCUCUAAACAAAGCCUGGUGUGUGAAUCAUUUUGCUUGUGCAAUUUGUGACACAAAAAUGAGCCAGAAGACUAAGUUUUUUGAGUUUGACCUGAAACCAGUAUGCAAAAGAUGUUAUGAGAAGUUUCCUGGGGAGCUGAAAAAACGACUGAAGAAACAGUAUGAAAGUUCUCCAAGGAAAACAGUCAUCUAAGUAAACGAAUCUUUCUGUUGUUCUAUUUUUGUUCUGCAAGAGAAAAUUUAGUCUACUAUUGAGAAGAUGGUUACUUCAAGUGCCCUUAAAUAAAGUGCCUCAUAAAAUGACCAGAUAAUGUCUUUACCAGUUACAUUUUUUGUAAAGUUGUGUUUUGUGACAUAAGAAUAUGUAAGACUUUUAAUUUUUAAAUGUUAUUUUUAGUUGUUUAUGUGUAAGAUACAGAAAAGUAGUUGUCAGUAAGCACCAGUGUUGUAUUAAAGAUGAACUCGACUGUUGUAUAAGUUGAUAUGUAAUAAUUAGUGACAUAUUCAAGUUCUAUCUAAACAGCUGUUUAUGAAAGAAGUGAGAAAUACAUCUGAUGUGCUCUGUUUUCUGCCAGGAGUUGUUAUAUGAGUUUUCAUUAUAUGUUUUAUUUUUGUAUUUUUAUGGGGUUUUAAACAGCAGUACAGUUUUAAAGAAAAAUGUAAGUCAUUAGACUGUUCUUAACAAAAACAACUUUAUAGUUGUUUUUGACAUGUAUAGGAGAUAAAUCUCUUUUAAAGUUUAUUUUGUAUGGCUGUUUUGCUGAAAGCAUCUUUACAAUAUUUAAGUGCCAUUAUUUUGUAGCCUUUAUCAAAAUGGGAUGUGGCUGUUUUGUUGACCCUAAAAUAAUAAUUAAUGAAUAUUAUCCUGGAACUCCUCUAAAAUGUUUUCCUGAACUAACUUAAAGAAAAACCUUCAAAGUAAGAUACGUUUUUGAAUGCAUGUGUUUUAGACUUGUGCAAUAAGGUGAGAAUUACAUAUUUAAUCUCAGUGAUAAAUCUAAAACUCCAGUGUUGUUUUUACUUAUUUUAUAUUUUACCUCCUCUAGCAAAUAAAUAAUACAUGCAGGUUUCCUAAUCCAAAAUGUUGUGUUGGAAAUUCUAAUUAGUAACAAUAAAGUAAUGCUGUGUUAUUUCUUGUUAACAGUAUUAUCCAGAUUAUAUUUAUUUGGAUAUAGAAGUGGAGUAAAUAUACCACCUUUACUGAAAGAAGUUUCAAAACAAAAUUACGUAUACCAUGUUAAAGCUUCUAUUUAACCAGGUGUAUGACAAUCACUGAGAGUGAAAUAAAUACAUACAUACAUACACACACAUAUAUGGUUUUUAUACACUAAGAGUAUGUAACUAUACUGCAAACAUGUAGAAAAAAUUAUAGAUUGAAAAGAAAGAAAGGUCUUUGAAGCUAAAGAAGUUUUGUCUAAGGUUCACACUAAAUUUUUCUGAAACAUUCAUGGGUCAUGUAUUCUCUCAUUUAUCCUAUUUAAUUCAUUCAUACAUAAAAUAUCUGAGUGUUAUAUAAAUUCUUCCAUGGCUGUAGCUGUGUUGUGGCAUUACGAGACAGUAACCUAAACACUUUACUGCCUGAGUUUAACAAGUGAGAAUGCAUAGUAGUUUGUCUUAGGCAAGAUUUAGCUGACUAAUACCAGCCAUAAGCAUGAAGUACUGUAGUAGUUUUAAUAAAGGGAGACUUCUCCAAGAGAUCAUACAUGGGUACUGGUACUCCUGAAAAUUUCUGGUGCUUUCUUUAUGUGUUUUUUUUGUUGUGUGUGUGUGUGUGUACUCCAGUUUACUUUUCUGAAUAUGGAAAUGUAAUGCUUAUUUAAAAUGUUUUCAGUUAAAGUACUUGUGCUGCUAAUUUUUACUCUUUCAGUACAACUUGUUAGAUAUGUGCUUUUUAAGAGGUAUCCACUUAAAUUUGGUUAAAUAUGACAUUUUGAAACAGUUAUUUAUGGGAUAAUAGAUUUAUUUCUGUACAAUGUUUCAUCUUUAACAGUCAUAUGUACCUUCGAUGUUAUACAUGAUCAUAUCUCAUUGUUAAAGAUGAAACGUUGUACAUAGUUACUGUGUGGUGGUGAUGCUAACAUCGGUGUGUGAAAAACAAAAUACUGUGGUGUUAUUUAAAAUUUUAUAUGUAUAUUGGAUUGUGUUGUACUAACACAAUGCUGUUUUUAAGCUCAUUGUUAUUUGUUCCUUUCUUUUUUUCUCCUCACCAAAUUGUGUUAUAACUAAAUAUUGAAUAUGCUGUGCAUACAUAGGUUUCAUGAAUAUUUUCAUUGAAAGCAUACAGACUGACUCUGGCUGUAUUUUUUAAGUAUAGAAAAAACAAUGGGCUGGAAGUGCCAAUAAGCACUUGGUAUUUUUGUGAUUAGUAUCAUCCAGAGCAAGCAGUAGUAAAGAAAUGAAAUUUACUUUAAAAAUCUUGAAAAUUUUCUUAAUCAUAUGUCAUCUUGUAUGAAUUUUGUAAAAUCUUGCAUUGUUAGUUAUAAAGAAGUACUUUACAGAAAGACAGUGUAAAAAAUAUUGUACUUGAAUAGGUUGUGCUAAAUUUGUGACUUGUCCUUUAUUAGUGCCUUAAAGAAAGCAAAAAAUACUUUUUUGUUUCAGCCAGAAACUAAAUUCAAUGAAGAUAUAAUUAUAUGGUAGGUAUAGAUAACAAAAAUUUUAAGUGAUGUAAGUUAUAUUUACAAAUCGUUUACUUAGGUAAGUAAAAGAAAGAGAUGUAUGGUAAUAAAAGUCUUAAAACAAGAUAAUUGUUAAGAAUUAUGAUAAUUAUAAAUCUUGCUUUGUUUUUACAUACCAUGAAGUUAGUUAAUACAACUAAGUUCAUGACUGUAUGUUUAGGAGUUUGUUCACGCAGUUUCUGAAGAGAAAGAGAUUAGAAAUUUAAAAAAUCUCAUUGGAAACCCUUGUUUCCUUAAUUGUGGUAUACUUGCAUAUUUCUCAACCAUUAUAUUAGGUGUCAAGGAUUAAGGUGAACUGUGUUUUUUCCACAUGUUUUUGUCAGUCUUUUAACUUGGUUAAAUAUGGAGUAAUACAAGAAGCUUUGUUUUAGCAUUUUUAUUGUAGUAUUUUUACAUUGGUAUACAUUUAAUUUCUUGUAUUUUA